AUGUCUGGAGGCCAUAACAUCAGGCGGCAGCCUCUCACACGUGAGACUGAGGCCGAGACCGGCGUUAAUGAGCGUACACCUCAGAUGUCGAUCAUGUCUGCGCUCGAGGUGUUCUGUCGUCUUAGAGGGAUCAAUAUGCCAACUUCUUGGGAGCUAGAGCGAAUUACUGGUAUCGCUGCUGGUAAUCAACGAAGCGAGUUUGGUACUCCAGAAGUAAAAGGUGGGCAUGACCAAGAAGAAAUUAGCUCGCGCGGUAAGAAGAAAGCUUUCGACUACGAUAACGCGGGGUCGCUUGAUUGUGGUGGCACGAUUCUAGUUGGUAUUACGAACGGUAUCAGCGACGAGACGGAGGAUAUCAGCGAUAGUACAGACGACCUCGGUGACGAUACAGACGCCAUUAUCAAUACCCUCAGAAAAGCAAGGAAGCCCUCUAAGACGUCGGCAACUGACUUGGUUCACUCGCCUCCUCGCCCCCUCUCGCAGUCUCCUCCAGCUGACUCUGCCAUUCCGAAUAGUUGGAAACGUGACGAUUUCGAAAUCACAAGAGGACCUUGGCCACGGGCCGGUUCUUUCUUACCCAAACCCCAUCGUUACCAAGCGGUGAUUCCAAACAGAUGGUGGUACAGGCCUCCGAGCUUUUUAGGUUAGUAAGCAAUUCACGGUUCCAAUUCUCAAGUCAACGCUAAUUGUAAUCAAGUCUGAGCGAUAA